AUGAAGACAAGAAACCACACCAGUGUUUCUGAAUUUUACCUCCUCGGCCUUUCUGAGCAUCAGGGAGAGCAGUCUCUCCUCUUUGGCAUCUUCCUGGUCACUUACCUGGUCACCGUGGUGGGGAAUAGUCUCAUCAUCCUGGCAAUUGGCUCUGAUCCCCACCUCCACACCCCCAUGUACUUCUUCCUAUUUAACUUCUCCCUCACGGACCUGUGUUUGUCAUCUACUACGGUCCCCAAGAUGCUGGAGAACAUCCAGGCUCACAGGCACACCAUCCCCUAUGCUGGAUGCCUGUCCCAAGUCUGUUUCUUCCUGUGGUUCAUUGGUCUGGAUGUUUUCCUCCUGGCAGUGAUGGCAUAUGACCGACUUGUGGCUAUCUGCCAUCCCCUUCACUACACUACCGUCAUGAGUCUCAGACGCUGCAUCCUGCUGGUGGCCACGUCCCUCGUCCUUGCACAUUCCUACUCUCUAACCCACACCAUUCUCCUGGCUCAGCUAUCCUUCUGCCAGGACAACAUCAUCCCUCACUUCUUUUGUGAACUUCUUCCACUGUUGAAGCUCUCCUGUUCCAACACCUACGCCAACCAGUGUGUGCUGAUGUACUGGGGAGGAGCACUAACGGUCUUGAUCCCCUUGCUCGUCAUCAUUUCAUAUGCCCGCAUCGUGGCCACCAUUGUGAGGGUCCCAUCAGCAAGAGGGAAGUGGAAGGCCUUCUCCACCUGUGGCUCCCACCUCUUUGCAGUUUGCUUGUUCUACGCGUCGGCUAUCGGGGUGUACUUCAUUCCCUCUGCUGCUGAUUCCGCAGGCAAGGACCGAAUCGCGGCAGUGAUGUAUGCUGUGGUGACCCCCAUGUUGAACCCGUUCAUCUAUAGCCUGAGAAACAAAGACAUGAAGUGUGCCUUGGGCAGACUCCUGAGCAGGGGGGCAUGGCGAUCUCCGUAA